AUGCUAGCAAAUCGUCAGCUAAGGGCUUCCGUGUGCCGCGGGUUGAAUUUUGCAAGAUUUCUACAUAUAAAAACGGUCUCUACGCCCAACGAAAAUGCCUUGAAGUUUGUUUCGACAGAUGGGGAACUUCUGCAAGGUCGCGGGAAACCCAGUGUGGAGCUAAGAAAUACCGACGAUUCACUAAUCAAACACUCUCCUCUGGCCCAGAGAAUUUUCGCCCAGUGCUCCGGAGUGGAGUCUAUGAUGAUUGGCGAUGAUUUCGUGACUAUUAAUAAGGACGAAAUGGUUCACUGGAGCCAAAUAACAGGCGACAUGAUCGACCUUCUUACACAAUAUUUGGCUUCCGGGAAAGAUGCCUUGGCACCAGAGUUUUUCAGCGUUCAAGAAAAUGGCGUGGGUUACGACGUAAACGUUCCAAAGUUCGAAUACAACGAAGACCAGCAGGAAAUCAGCGAUAUGAUUGAAGAACUGAUACAAACGCGUAUUCGGCCUGCAAUUAUGGACGACGGAGGGGACAUCCAGUACCGAGGCUAUGACCCCGAGUCGGGAACUGUCUAUUUGAAGCUACAAGGUGCUUGCAAAUCGUGCUCGUCCAGUGAAGUGACUUUGAAGCACGGUAUCGAGUCUAUGCUCAAGCACUAUAUCGAGGAAGUCGAGAACGUUGUGCAAAUACUCGAUCCGGAAGAGCAAAUCGCCCUUAAGGAAUUCGAAAGACUUGAGCAGAAAUUAGAAAAUCAGCACUGA